AUGGAUUUCACGAGAGUGCGUGUUUUCAGAGACCAAUGGCGUAUUCUGUUUGUCAUUCUUUGUCUCUUUGAGCUGCGCUCCGUGACUGGACAGGCUCGCUAUUCAAUACCGGAGGAGCAAGUGGAAGGCUCUAUUGUUGGAAAUAUUGCAAGAGAUUUGGGCUUGGAUGUUGCUAGACUCGUGGCAGGUAAAGCUCGUAUUAUUGCCAAAGGAGGCCGACAAUAUGUUGAUUUAAAGCGGGACAAAGGGACUCUUGUUAUUAAAGAACGCAUUGACCGAGAGGAGCUUUGUGGAAAGACGACGCCCUGCAGCUUCAGUUUUGACAUCAUAUUAGAAAAUCCAAUCCAACUUUAUCGUGUAACAGUGGAGGUCGUGGACAUUAAUGACAACAGUCCGUCCUUCCCUCAGACUGAAAUUAACAUGAACAUUGCUGAAAAUGCUGCAGUGGGAACACGAUUCUCCCUUGCCAAUGCGGUGGACGAAGAUGUUGCGAUAAAUGACAUACAGAAAUAUGCACUAAAACCAUCAGAUCAUUUUAAAUUGGAAAUAAAUAAUCAACCAGACGGUGAGCGUUUUCUUGAAAUGGUUUUAGAGAAACCUUUAGACAGAGAGCAAGAAGAGACUCACACAUUCAUGAUGAUUGCUUCAGAUGGUGGUGAACCGCAUAGAUCAGGGACGGUGAGAAUUCAAAUAACUGUGCUUGAUGCAAACGAUAACGCACCAGUGUGCAGUCAACCUGUUUAUAAGGUUGAAGUGCCAGAAAACUCACCUUCAGGAACACUGAUCAUUGCUGUUACUGCAAAAGAUGCAGAUGCAGGCCUCAAUGGUGACAUCACAUAUUCCACUCCUCACAUUACCAAAGGGGAAAAGCAGCUUUUUAGUAUAGAUGGUAAAACGGGAGAGAUUAAGCUAACUGGUGUCUUAGAUUUUGAAAAAUUAAAGAACUUUCAAUUCAAGGUUCAAGCAAGUGACCACGGAGGUUUAUUCGAUACAUGUAAAGUUAUUGUUAACAUAAUUGACGAAAAUGACAAUGUCCCUACCAUAGAACUCAUGUCAUUUUCAAAAUCCCUACCUGAGGAUUCUCCCCCAGGUACAACUGUUGCUGUUUUUAACGUGAAUGAUGACGACUCAGAGAGCAACGGUGUUGCCAAGUGCUCUAUUAACUCUGACGUCCCUUUUAAAAUUGAGUCUUCAUUAACAAGUUAUUACACUAUACUGACUGAAAAUUUCUUAGACAGAGAGAGUCUUCCUGAAUAUAAUGUUACCAUAGCAGUUCAAGACCAAGGCUCUCCACCUCUGUCUAGUAGUAAAAUUAUAAAUGUUAAAAUAUCUGAUGUGAAUGAUAACCCACCAAAAUUUCAUCAGUCAGAAUACAGUAAAGCUGUACCAGAGAACAAUGCUCCUGGUUUAUCUGUGUUUACUGUCAGUGCUAGUGAUGCAGACUGGGGUCAGAAUGCCCAAGUGUCUUACUUCCUCGAGGAGAAAGAAGUUAAUGGUGUGGCUGUGUCUUCUUUUGUAUCUGUAAAUUCCGAAACUGGUGUCAUCCACACAGUCAAAUCAUUUGAUUACGAGCAAAUAAAGUCCUUUGACUUUAACGUCACUGCCCGUGACUCUGGAUCUCCUCCACUGAGUUCCGUAGUUACAGUCAGCAUCCUGAUUCAGGACACCAAUGACAACGGCCCUCAGGUGCUGUAUCCUGUCCAAACGGGCGGCUCAGUGCUGGCUGAAAUGGUGCCUCGUUCAGCAGACAUGGGCUAUCUGGUGACUAAAGUGGUUGCUGUGGAUGUGGACUCUGGGCAGAACGCCUGGCUCUCAUACAAGAUGCAGAAAGCCACAGACAGGGCGCUGUUUGAAGUGGGCCUCCACAAUGGAGAAAUAAGAACUGUCCGCCAAGUGACUGAUAAAGAUGCUGUCAAACAAAGACUGACUGUUGUUGUGGAGGACAACGGGAAACCCUCACGAUCAACCACAGUGAUUAUUAAUGUGGCGGUGGCAGACAGCUUCCCUGAAGUGCUGUCAGAGUUCACUGACUUUAACAUACAUGACAAGGAGUACAACGACAAGCUUACAUUUUACCUAGUUUUGGCUUUGGCUGUGGUCUCCUUCCUCUUCAUUACCUGCUUGCUGCUCAUCAUAUCGGUCAAAGUGUACAGGUGGAGGCAGUCUCGCAUCUUGUACCACUCCAACCUGCCUGUAAUUCCAUAUUAUCCCCCACGCUACUCAGAUACUUUGGGGACGGGGACCCUUCCGCACAUGUACAAUUAUGAGGUGUGCAGGACCACAGAUUCCAGGAAAAGUGACAUGAAGAAUAUGCAAACCAUGAGUCAAAGUUUAGUGAGUGUGGAUGGAGCAAAUGCAGAAAUGCCGUAUGAGAACAAGCAGAUGUCAGGAAACCUUUCACAGAUGUCAACAUUGGUGAGUCAAAAUGUUUAA